GUAACAUAUUUCCCAAUUUCAUUUAGUUAUAGUAUAUAAAUAGUAAUAGUUGGGUUCAUGCUAAUACUUAAGUCCAUUUUCUUAAAGUAUGUAUAUAACAUACUAAAAUACCUGAAUACUUCCUCCACCACUGGUAAUUUAAAUAAGAAUGACUAGGGUUUCAAGGCAUACUCUUUUAUUUUGAAACUCCUCAAGCGGAAGCAGCUCUUCCACGUCGCCUCAGCCAGCCUUUCUGAUUUGACCGUUGUCACCAGCAUCUCCGCCAUCCUCCCACAGCACAACAACACAAUGGGGCUGUAAUGUCAGCGGCGAGCGGGAUACGAGCGCCUUCUCAAGAGUACUGAAUCAGUGCAUGGAUUUAAUGAUGAUGAAGAAGAAGAAAUUCAAGUUUAAGGUGGAUUUCGAGCUGGACGAGCUCUCGUCGGUCCCCUUCGUCAACGGUGUCCUUUUCUGUAAAGUCCGGCUGCUGGACGGCGGGUUCUCCGAGGAGUCUUCACGGGAGCAAGUGCAGGCCAACUGUGUCCGAUGGAGGAAACGUCUCUCGUUCCCCUGCAAGAUGAGCGCCAACGCGGGGACGGGGGUUCUGGACCCGUGUGUGUGCCGCGUGUCCGUCCGAAAGGAGCUGAAAGGCGGGAAGGCGUAUGCAAAGCUUGGUUUUGUAGACUUGAAUCUAGCAGAGUUUGCCGGCUCAGGGAAUACAACUCGCAGAUGUCUGCUGGAAGGCUACGAUACCAAAAAUACCCGCCAGGAUAACUCCAUUCUCAAGGUCAUCAUCAGUACACAGCUCAUGUCAGGGGAUCCCUGUUUUAAAACGCCACCCUCCACCGCCACGGUGAUCGGGAUCCAGGGGGAUGGAGAGAGCCUGCUGGAGGAGAGGAGGGGCGGGGACUCACAGAAAGGCUGUUCCGAGGGUCGAGAGGGGAAGUGUCCCGUCGCUUCCGAUGAACUCGGGGGGUGCGGCCACUCCCGAACGUCCAGCUACGCCAGCCAACAGUCCAAACUCUCAGGAUACAGCACAGGUCACUCCCGCUCCUCCAGCAUGUCCGAGUUCAGCCACCGGAGAAACCAUUCAGUUGGCAGCGCCUCGACGGGCAUCGGCAGCAUCCCGGAGCCCAGCGAGGACCGGGAGUCCAGACCCUGUCCGGCUCUACCCGAACACCCGGGCCCCACCACCACCACGAGCAACCCGACCGGGACACCGGUGAGGAACGCUUUGUCCUGCGAACGACUCAACAGACAUCUCGUGAAGCAGGACUCCAUCGAGUCUCAGCUGAAGAGGAUGGAUGACACGCGGGUGGAUGCGGACGACGUGGUCGAGAAGAUUCUCCAGAGUCAAGACUUCACGCCCAGCCUCCUGGACUCCAGCGCUGAAGAGGAAGGCCUGCGGCUGUUCGUCGGCCCCGGGGGAAGCACGGCCCUCGGAAGCCAUCACCUCCCCACCAGGGUGGGCGCCGGAGCGUACGAGCAGGUGGUGAUCAAGCGUUAGACCCGCGGGCCUCUCGGCGGCGGACCGACGCCGCGGCCACCCGAGAGCUGGAGGCGGGGCCUGUCGAUUUCAAUCUGCAUUCCGAUACAGCACACACAUUACCUGACCAGCACCCUGUCUGACCUCACAACAGCGCCCCCUGUGUUCAAAUGUCCUGCAGGACACUGUAGCUCCCUGAUGGAGGCAACCCGUUAUUAUCUGAUCAUAAGAAGCUCUCUCUCUCUCUCUCUCUCUCUCUCUCUCUCAUAUUUUUUUGCCGAGCGGUUUAUGAAACCCGAUUCUGCGACACAUCUUUUUCAAAACUGAGUUUUCAAAUCUUAACUUUAUGCCAUGAACUGACAUCUCGCUAAUUCGGUUUAUUCGAUAUCUUCACACAUCUUUUUUUAUUUUUCACUCUGAGUGACAGACAUGAGCUUUGGUGUGAUUUAAGCUACCUUCAAAUCCCACAUGUAUUAAGUUGUAAAUUAUCAAAUUUAUUUUUUACGAUGGUUAUAUUACCCAAUAGAAAGAAGAAGAAAAAUACAUUUAAUUUCCUGUAAUCUCGCGACGACAAAUAAAGAAUCCAAAUAAAGUUUAUUUUCGUAAACCGACUCGUUUUAAAAAGACGGGAAAGCUGAGAAAACACAAUUUUGUAGGUAAAUACGCAUUCUCCCAUCAAAUUCACCAAAGAUCCAAACGCAGUGUGCAGUAUCUGCUUUUUCUUUUUUUUCUAUUAUUCUUUUCGGGGGUAACGACUCAGCCUGAAAUGUUAAAAAAAAAAACAUUGUUUACUACUAUCUGCCUUAGCAGAGCAGUGAAUACAGAAUAUAAAAAGGGGCUUCUAAGAUCAAUCUUACUGCAUAAGGGCAUAUAUCUCAUGCCCCGCUGUGUGUCCGGCGUGUAACGCCGACACAUUUCACUUUAACGAUGAGUUAAGUAAUCCACUGCCAUGAAGAAAAUACUCAACAGCACCUGUUUAAAAAAAAAAAAGAAAAGAAAGACCCAGAGUAAUAGUCGUGUGUUCGUGUCUAUAACAGCGUAAUUAAGAUCGUCUUAAAAAAAAAAAAAAAUAGAAUUAACCGACGCAAUCGACGAUAGUCAAAGAUGACCGCGCCGAGAGUUCUGAAAGCCUGAUGGUGUCGUGCACGUUGACUAUUUUUUGUUGUUGUUGCCUUUUCCAGUCCAAUUUUGAGAGGACCGUUUUAUUCAGUGUAUUCGCACAUGUUUGCCAAAGUACACGACGCACUGUUAUGACCCGGGACGCCGUCAGGCCUAUGCAUAUCCGGACUGAUAUUAAGAUGCGUUAUAACUCUUGAAAAACUGACCGAACAGUAUCUGUAACCUUCUGUCAUAAGCCAUCGUCGAGGCCGGACGCCUCCUCUUCUAGACGCGCUACGUACGCGUUAUAACCAAAUCUGCACAAGUGUCAUCCGUGUCUGGUGUUCUAACUAUACGUUCCACGUUCAGCACGAUGGAGACGGCCUCUCGUCUCCUUUUUCUUUCCUCAUUUGAUAUAAUGUGCCAUCUUUUUUUUGGGAAUAUUAACUACAUCGAAGGAAUAUUUUUGCAUGUGGGGGGAAAAUCAUGGCGUUCUCAUGACUUCCCCCCCGUGUUAAAAGCAGAUAUUUGCGCAGCGUUAAAUGUACCCGUGUUCUUUGUGUGUUUUUCGUCAUGGUUUAAAAUGUCAUCUUUAAUGAAAUCACCGUCUGUUUUUGAAUCUGUCGUUGCUGGUAUCGUGCCAUAUUUUUUUUGCUAAAUAUUUUGCCGCUAAGAGGAAAGUGUCACUACAUAGGAAAGACAGUGUUGCGUGUUUGAUUUUUAUGGCCAACAUGUAUCAACUAUUGGGAGUUUUGUGUGUUUUUUUGGGAUAAAGAAUCAUCUGUUUUACCCGUGUGUAACACCGGUAUGAUUAUCUUGGUACUUUAACAUGUUACAAACAUGGUCUCUUCUCUUCUGUGAAGCCGUUAUAUAUAAAAACUGUAUAUUAAAGUGUAAAAUGUAUUCUUCUGUAAAGUGAUGUUCUGACGAUGUCCAGUGUUUCCCAGUUCCAGGCGUGUCCUCUCGGCCGACAUCUUCUUUCUGAACAAAAGUGUGUGUGUGCUGGAGGCUUCAAAUGUUCAAAUGUGUACCUUGCACUGUUGAAUAAAACCAUCUGAAAACCUU